GAACAGCAACAACUUCAGUCGAUAACUGCUAGUCGCUCGUACUAAACACGUUCGCGAAGUUCACUUCAAUCCGGCGCAAUAAAAAAUUUCCAAGAUGUCCGCCGCGCCAUUUUCCCGGUUGGAUCCGUUCGAUUGUAAAAACGGCGAUUUCGAGUACUACCUGGAGCAGUUUGACCAGUUUUUGGCCAUCAAUUCCGUCGCGGAUGACGAAUCGAAGAAGGUGCCGCUGUUCAUCGCGAGCAUCGGCCAGGAUGCGUACAAAAUCCUAAAAGAGAGCUGCGGACAGGCUGAUCCCAAAGGGAAAACGUUUGAAGAACUUCGGGACCUGCUGCUGGAGUACUUUGCCCGGCGGGAGUUCUACCAGCGGAACCAGCGCCAAGGAGAGUACACGGGGGCAUUUAUCAACGAGGUGAAACGGCUAUCGCUAAAGUGCAACUUUGGCCCGUUUCAGAAGGAAGCACUUCGCGAUAGAAUCGCCUGCGGAAGGCUGGAGCCGGAUGAUAAGGAUGAUAAGAAAUCGAUGGCUCCUCAGCCAAAGCAACAACAACAAAGACAACAACAGCAGCAGACUCAACCCAGGAAGCCGAAGAAUCCGCAAUCGGCCCCUCCACAGCUGCUCGCCGAACUUCAGGCGGUGGCCGUUCCGGAUGGUUCGGCCAAAGGAGCAAAGAAGAAGCAACCCCAGCAGAACCAGCCGAACCAGCGCAAAUGCAAGAUCUGUGGCCACUUGCACGUGGAGUCCGAGUGUCCGCACAAGGAUGCGUCCUGCUUCAUGUGUCGCAAGAAGGGACACAUUGCGUCCGUAUGUCGGGAGAAGAUUAUUAAGGGACAGCAGCAGCAGGGUCAAGGCCAAGGAAAGGGACAGCAACCGGUUGAAGUGCACGUCCACGUGCAGCAGAAUGCGGGCGUGAAGAGUGAGACUCCGGCGGUGCCACCGGCGGAGAGUGUGACGAGCGUGCUGGACAACAUGUUGAACGUGAUGGAUAUGGUUUUCAAGAACAAGAAAUGAGGGAAGCUAAUGUCUUCCUUGUGGAUGUCUACACGUGUGUGUUUAGAAUGAUUUUGCAUUGAUUUUUUUUUAUUCACAAUACCUUUUGAAUUAAGCAUGAAAUAAACAAAUAAAAAUUA